UCGGUUCUGCAUUCAUUACCAUUGGAUUUAGUACGUCAAACUCCGCUAGAUAGUAUGCAUUUAGUGUACUUAGGAGUAGUCAAACAAAUAAUCGUAAAAGCAUGACUAGAAGGGUUCUAUCGGCCAACGAAAUUAAAAGAUGUUGUAAAAGAUCGUAUUUGAAAUCGCCUUUCAACAUUAAUUAAUUACUGCCCAUGUGAAUUUUCUUGAAAACCGAGAAGACUGGAUUUUUGCCGACGUUUUAAAGCAACUGAGUUUCGACAAUUGUUAUUAUUUACGGGACCAACUGUUUUGUUAGAUUUGUUUGGUGACGAUGAACGAAUGCAGCAUUUUUUAAAAUUACAUUAUGCGAUCCGUAUUCUUGUAUCAUCAAAUGAAAGAACCCACAAUGAUAUUGAAAAAGCAAAAAUGAUUUUAGAAUCAUUUGUAACUGACAGUAUUUCUGUUUAUGGUAGAAACUUUUUAUCGUACAAUGUCCAUAAUCUAAUUCAUUUAACGGAUGAUGUUCAUAAUUUCGGUCCACUGGAUCAUUUUUCUUGUUUUCCGUUUGAGAAUAAUAUGAUGUUUUUUAAAAAAGUGGUUCGUAAACCUUCUAUGUCAUUACAACAGAUUUAUAAUCGUUACAUAGAGACAAAAAAUCACGAUUUCCAGAGUUCUUCGCAAAAUCCCACUUUCACGACUCGUGUAUAUCGUCAAAAAUUACAUAAAGGCCCUCAUGUGCAUCAGCAAGAAAACAUAAAGCAGUUUUCAUGUAUUAAAAUAAAUGGAGUUACUUACAAAUUAGACAAAAGCAAUCAUUGUUGCAUUUUACAAGAUGGUACUGUUUGCAUUAUAGUGAAUAUAUUACAAUAUGAUGAUGACAAUGAGUAUCGUUUAAUUGUACAAAAAUUUCAAGUUAUUAAUGCAUUUUAUAACAUCAAUAAUUUAAACUCACAAGAAGUAGGAAUUUUUAAAUGUACAGAGUUAUCUCGAGAUACAUAUGAAAUUUCAUUUCGGGAUGUUAAAUCCAAGGCUUAUAAAAUGCCUUUUUGGCAAAACGCAGAACUAGACUUUGAAAGAAACAUUAAUAUUAUAGUUGAAAUUUAUAAUGAUGAAUGGUUAUUACAUUAACUUAACUUUUAUAUAUUUCGUAUUGUUUAAAUAUUAAUACAAAUAACUAAAUUUAAUAAUUAUUUUAAUAAUGCGUCUAUUAAAAUGUUAAUUAAAAUUUUAUAAUAAAAAUUUUAUAUUACUUUAUAAAAUUUUAUAAAGUAAUAUUUAUUAAUAAUAAUGUAUAUCGAAAAUUAAGUUCGAAAACAUUUAAAUUAAAAGAAAUGCGCGGGAAAUUGUAUGCACACGGUUAAACAAGUGAACACAGAGGAGUUAGCUUCUUCUUUCCGCUUUCUUCAUAACCUAAAGCUUCAACGGCAGCCACAACACUUGUGUUUGUCGCGUUUAGUGUUCAGUGUUUCAUUAUGGAAAUGCGUAAUAGUGCCGAAAAUAUAAACAUACAUAACAUGGAUAACCAAGCUGAUCGAAAUAUUGGAACCAUAUGCUUGGAUUCUACAUCAAUAAGCAAUAAUAACGUAUACAAUUUGUGUGGUACACUUGAACUCGAGCAAAUGAAGGAAUCGUCUAAUGUGAUUUCAUCCAAGGAAAAAUCUUUUUCAAAUUUAAUGUCUACAUCACUUCCAGAAAAUUCGUAUUUAAUUAAUGACAAAACAGUUAAUUUGUAUCACCAAAGAUGCCGAAAUGAAGGUACCUAUAUCUUUUAUAAAAUUUUUGUAAAUUUUUUAUAUAUCAUAUUAUUUAAUUCUAAUGUUUUGAUUGUAGAUUUACAAAGCACUUCAAGGUUACAGGAUACUACAGAUGAUAUUUCCAUUUCACCUGUAUUUCAAUCAAUAAUGCAGAAAUUAGAAAACGUAAGCAAACAAGUGCAUUCAAUUGGACAACAAGUGCAUUUAAUUGGACAACAAGUUAAUACAUUAGUUAGUAUCCAAAGCUUGAUAAAUGAUUCUCAGUCCAUAAUACAAGAUUUGAAUUUGCCGAUAUCCACGAGAGAAGAGUACCAUGAAUUUAAUUCUGAUAACAAAAAGUUACAAAUCUUAGUAUGUAAUCUUAGUAUGUAAUCUUAGUAUGUAUCUUAGUAUGUAAUCUUAGUAUGUAUUGUACAAGAAAAAUUAUUCAAUUUUUUAAAUAUAAUAUUAA